UGAAGAAACAAUUUCGGCAUCUUCAACAAAUUCUCCCUCUUCAAAACAAUCUCCCUCUUUUGAAUUUGUAGAACAAUCUCAAGAAGAGAUUAAUUUAGUCUUUUUGGAAUCUAAAUCUAAAGAAGAGAUUAAUUUAGUCUCUUUGGAAUCUGAACCACAAAAGGAACUUCUACGAAUUAAGCAAAAAGAAAUUCAAAAUUGGUAUAAUUAUGCUGAAGUAUUUGAAGAUAGAGUAGGUCAACUUAUUGAAGAUGGUUACAAAAAUAAUACUGCACAAACUGAAUUAUAUGAUGAAAUAUUUCUAUUAAUUUCAGCAAUAUUGGGGUAG